AUGAGCGCCAAAAGAGCGUUCAAUUGGUAUAUUUCCCUCGUGGCGGCAUCGUGUAUGGUGCUUUACGGAUACGAUGCAUCAGUGUUCAACUCCGUUCAAGGCUCCAAGAACUGGGUCGCUUGGAUGAAUGACCCCAACGCCAACACGAUUGGUGCAAUCAAUACAGCAUACACGGUCGGCGCUAUUUUUGGCGGUUUCUUCCUUGGUGGCCCCUGUGCCGAUUUCCUUGGUCGCAAGAUGGGCAUGGGAAUCGGCUGUGCUCUGGUCAUCGUUGCUACUUUCAUGCAAACAUUUUCACCUCGCCAUAACCUUGCUUGCUUCAUCGCAGGUCGAUGCAUAAUCGGUAUUGGUCAGGGUAUUGCUUUGACUGCCGGCCCGAUCUACAUCGGUGAACUCGCACCCGCUGAGAUCCGUGGUAAGAUCAUGACUUUCUGGCAGAUGUUCUAUUCUGUCGGGUCUUUCAUCUGCUUUUGGAUCAACUUUGGUUGCACCAAGCACGUUGCCAAUCUAGGCGAGUGGGAUUGGAAACUCGUCGUCAUUUUCCAACUCCUUGUGCCAGUCUUGAUUCUUGUUCUCCUGCCUACUAUUCCCGAAAGCCCUCGCUGGUAUGUUAAGAAGGGAAACAAGAUCGAGCAUGCCCGUGCUGCUCUUCGCAAGGUCCGCGACACCGAAGAAGAGGUUGAGCAAGAGCUCCUCGAGAUCCGUGAAGCCAUCGAAUACGAGAAGGAGGCUAUCUCCGGGAACUAUUCUGCUCUCUGGAAGGACAAGUCUCUUCGCAAGCGUAUGGCCCUGGCCUUGAUCCUCAAUGCUGGUCAACAAGUCACUGGACAGGGAUCACUAAACUCAUACUCGACUAAGAUCUACAAGAAAGUCUUCACCAGCGACAGUCAAGUUGCUCUUAUCAACGCACUCAACGCCACUUUUGGUAUCCUGUUCACCCUCAAUGCAGUCUGGAUCAUCGAUCGCUUUGGACGAAAGUUCCUUCUGAUCGUUGGUGGCAUCGGUAUGGGACUUUGCAUGAUUAUCGUCUCAGCUGUCGAGACAGAAACACCGGUACUCGCUGGCGGAGCCAAGUCAGAGCCUGUCGGAAUAUCGAUCGUGUUCUUGUUAUUCUUAUUCAUCUUCUUCUACAAACCAUCCUGGGGUGCGACAGUUUGGAUCUGGACAUCGGAAAUUUUCUCGAUGAACGUCCGCGCCCAGGCUGUGGGCAUGGCCUCGCAGACUCAGAACGUCGCAAACGCCAUCGUCCAACAAUUCUUCCCCCUCUUCCUCGACAACGAGGGUUUCUACGCCUUCUACAUGUUUGCAGGAAUAAACUUCCUACUUGCCGUCUUCGUCUGGUUCAUGAUUCCCGAGACCAAGCAGGUUCCUCUCGAGGAGAUCGAUACUCUGUUCGGCGGAGCCAACCACGUCGCCCAAGGAGAGGAGGUGCUGGCUCACCAAAAGGAGAUUGGGAUGAGCCAUGGUACCGAUGAUAAGCCUGGUGCUGUCACUGUCGAGCGUGUUGGGGAGAAAUAG